ACAUGACACCCAUCACCCCGCUGGAGCCGGGCAUGGAAAUGUUCGAAAGAGGAAAGGCACAGUCCUUCUUCUCUGGUGCUCUUGCGGCCCGCUCGUCGCUAGAGCGCCCCCUCUCCCACAUCAGCGUCGCCUACACCGACAUCGAGGACGACUCGAGCGAAUUCGAGGAAUUCAGCGGCUCCUCUAGUGACAACCGGCGGAGCCAAACAACCAUAUCAACAUUUGAAGAGGUAACUACACCGGCAGAAGACAUCCGACCGCAGUUCGCCUACUGGCCAGAAACGAAGCCGGUAGAGGGCCCCAAAGGCCCCCAUCUGUUCUGCUCCUUCCAGUCGUCGAAUGAGUUCCCGUACGAUGAUGCCAUGCAACUGUCGCCAUUACUGCCAAGACAGCCGCCACCCCGCCUGCAGACCGCCUUCCGAGAAGCCACUCCGGAAACCAUAGUCCCCCAACACGAGUACAACAACAUUGCCCGCGCCGUCUCCCACCUCGACAACGCCGAAGUGCGCGCCUGGACCUCGCAAGACGUGGCUACCUGGAUGUACCAGAAUGGCUUUGAAGACGACAUCAUUGACAAGUUCAUCGGCCACGACAUCACGGGCGCGGUGCUCCUGGAUAUGCAGUUUGACGAUCUGAAAGAGCUGGAGAUCCAGUCGUUUGGCAAGAGGCACCAACUAUGGAACCAAAUCGACUCGCUCCGCACCGCAGAGGGCCUCAUGUCGCCAACGGCCCCUGCACCCAUCCCCACUCCGUUUGAAGACAUUGAACGCCCUUGCAAGGAGGCACGGAACAGGUCAAAGAGCAAGGGUCGCAAGGCCAGCCGGCGCGACAAGUCGCGUGGUCGCAAUCUCGGAGACGACGUCAUCACCCCUGCGCACUCGGUUUCCAUCGUGGCCAUUGAACAGCUGCUGCCCAAGCCCCAUGUCUGCGCAAAGGGCGAGAGAUGCUCCAAAUGGAAAAAGCAGCAACGGCAGCUCGCCAGGCUCAAGCAGGAGCACGGAUUCCCCAUAUCACCUGAGAAGGGCGGCCAUAUUUUCAUUGCCGGCGACCCUGGCAACGCCCAAACCGCCAGUCACGUUGUCGAGAAUGUCCAUCGUCCCAACUCGGAAGCCGCGCCCUCCGUCGUGGUCCCGUCGGUAGUUGCAUCGUCCGACGUGCUAGGCCCUGGCCAACUCCCAGACUUUAGUCUCCAGGACCUGGACAAAUUCGAGCAACGCGAUCCGCAAGACAAUGUGCGACAGUUUCUGACGCUGCAAGGCCAGCAACAACCUUACUACACUGCUACGCCCAUCGAGGCUCCCCCCACCCCGCCAGCCGACACAUACCCACCUCGCCCCUUCUUGGUGAUACCGCAGCAGCAGUACUGUCAACCCGUCUCCGCCUUUUCCGCAUCCACCUCGGCGCACACCACGAGGUCAUUCGAGCCAUUUGCCCAGACACCCGCGACUCCAGCGCUGCAUCCCCCAGAGUUCAUGCCAGCCCCUCACUCGAAUCUCAAGAGCCUUCCCAAAUUGACAAUUCCCCCGGCGCGUGCCAUGUCUGCCCAACCCGUCGGUAACCCACGCAGCGGUGCUCCCGUACACCAAUACCUGGCACCGGAUACCGCAUUUUCGCCUUGUAGGACAGCGUCUCCAGGUGGUGUCUACCGGUUUGGUACGCCCUUCUCCGAGAUGGAUGUUCCUGUAACUGCUGUGCACCCAGAACCUCUUAGCCGCGACACAAGCCAGUCUGUGCCCCCGAACAUGCAGUACCAACCUCAACUCCAGAGGCCUGGCUCGCGUAACGACCGCCGCCGCCCCUCGUUUACCAUGCCAGCGCUAGCCGAAGACCGUGUCUUCAGCCCGACGGCACACUCGGACGACGACACUCUGCGCGAGACCAUCUUUGAUGACUCGGUCAGCUCUAGUAACAGCGCUAGCUCGUCUCCACUCAAGACCACCAAGCCGUUUUGUCACGAGGCCGAAGACACGCUUGGCCCGCUGCCAAAGGGAGGCUUCGUGUACAAGGGUGUGAACCACCAUGGCUGGAUGAAGAAGCGUCGCACCAAGCUCUUGCGUCACGAAUGGCAGGACCACCACUUCCGCCUCCAGGGCACCAUGCUGGCCAUGCACCCCAAUGAGCUUCCUUCUUCCUCUGCACUGCAGACGAUUGAUGUCGACGACUAUGCUGUGGCAUGCUCGUCCCUCGCUUCAAGCAAGCUCUCCAGCAAGCUCAAGGCUUUGAAACUGUCUUCGGGUCACCACAAGGACAAGGCAUCUGCUAAUGCACCUGCCUUUGAGUUCCAGCUUGUUCCUACUGUGGCUGGCAAGGGUGAUGUCAAGAAGGUCAUGCCCAACGGCAAGGUACAGCACUUUGCUGUUACCACCAAAGACCAGAGGAUCGACUGGAUGCGUGAGCUCAUGUUGGCCAAAGCCCUGAAGGCCAAGAACGACGGCUACCAGGUCAACGUCAACGGUGCCAACGUUUGAGGCAACCACCGUAAUCUUCCCAACUCCACGUUCCAAUUUUUGCUUUUUGUUUCUUUUUCUGUCUAGCAAGCGAGUAGGCGUUUUUUUUGCUUUUUUCUUCUUCAAGCUUCUUCGUUGCCUUUGCAAUUUUCUACUUGGCACAAUUUGCAGUGCUUAUCAUGAC